UUACUCGCGUGUCGCGCACGAUUUCAUCAUUUUCAUUACUUCUGACGUUCACGUAGAAAUAUUCCGUUCGAUUUUAUUUACAUUUAGUGCGUAGACAAGAAAAUUUCCUCUGAAAAUUGUUUUAAUUAAUAAGCAGACUUGUGUUUUUAUCGCUAAAAAAGUGUCGUUUAUCUUUUGUGCAUUUUAGCAACUAAAAAUGUCUACGGCUAUGGAAGUUGACGGUAUGGCUAAAGGAAUAGAUACAGCCGAGGAAGCCGUAGAGAGCACAACUUUGGCUUUAAUACCAGAAUCGGCAAGUAUAGUCGGCGACGGUGCAUUGGAUAACAUCCCAGGCCUGUCUCCGGUACAAAUACAACAAGAAUAUUUUGAAAACUUGCCAGACUGUGACUGGGUCAAGUAUGAGAAAAGCAACAGAAAUCAUUUGCUACAGAAUGUUGCGUUUGCCCUAUUUGGAAGCCCGAGUUUUGAAGGAGAGUUGUCCGAAGUUAAAUCAAAUGAUAAUGCACAUCUUGAGGGCUACACAACUAGACAAAAGGAGCAAGUCAUGAAAGUAUAUGAGAAGCUUUGUGAACAGAGCAAAUAUUCUCAAAACGACGAUGAUAUAGUAAUGUCAGUGUUACUAGUAGUGUGCGCAAGACCGAAGCCAUUGAAGUUCUACCAACUGGAACCGUCAAACCACUGGGUGGAUCUACACCAGAGGAAUGAUAUUGACAUAUGGUGUACAGCUGUCUUUAGAGUUCGUAAAUGUAUCCCUACUACAGUUGGAGCAAAAUCAUGUCGAGUAUACAUAGACGAGAGUGCGCGAGUGUACCAAGACUGGAACUCGUACCUGACCAACAACACACUUCCCAAAUGUGUCAUCAUAGUACCUGAGAACGGAGAAUAUCAGGGAACAAUUAUUGAGGGACAAGAAGCUUUUGCAGUAAAACUAACAGUAGCUCCAACACCUAGUUUGGGCGUCAAAGCGAGGGUCCUUAGUUCAGUGGACACCGCCAGUACUGUGGCCUCGUUAGGAGCAGUGGGGGUGCUCGGUGUGGCGGCAUUCACUCCAGUGGGCCCUGUGGUGUUAGUGGGGGCCACGGUGGCUACCGUGGCCACGGGGUUGUAUGGUCUCGUGAGGUCUUCUUUGCAUCUCCACGAUCGAAGUGUACAUGAACAGAGUAUCAGCCCGACCGAUGCGGAGGCGCGCGGCAGUUGGUUGAACAUCGCAGCGUCCAGUGUGGGGCUGGCCGCGGGCGCCGCCACUUCCAUGCUGUCACGCUCAGCCGCCGCCGGCACUAACAUGACCAAGACUGGGCAAGCACUCGCCGUGUCGGUGGAAGUGCUUCGUCACGCAAACAUCGUAACAGGUGGCGCUGGUGUCUUCAACAGUCUAUUCCAUAUUAUUCUCAAGUAUCGCAACCACGGCGAGAAGCCGACGAAGCUCGAGUUGUUCCAGUUCACAUCAGCGACGCUGUUCUUCUGCAACGCGGUCAUGUCCAAUCGGACUGCGCAGAACAUCAUCGAGGACGCGCAGGCCAAGACCAUCAACGAGUACCGCUCGACUCUCAGGAGUAAUCGGCACAGAAAAAUUUUUGACAAGGUAAGUGCCGAAUCGAGACGCCUCCAGGGAUCGGUACAAGGCAACACCGAGGUGAUUCAAGGCAUCAAGAAUAUCGCCGACAAAGACCAGUACUUCGCUGACGUUCUACGAAUAAACAAAGACGUGAACCAGCAUAAACUCAGGAUAUCUAUGACGGCUGAUGGCAAAGUCAAUUUGAACUCUCAACACAAAUUCAAUCCUUCCGAGUUGUCUAACAUUCCGAAGCAAGAGAGAGCCCAACUGUUCUCAACGCUAGGUCCUGCUGAUCUGGCUGCUAAGAAUGUACCGACACGUGUCAUCCCUUCGACCACGGCUGUAGGGAGAUACGUGGAGGGGGAAGAAGAAAACACCAACCUACUCGUAGGCAUUCAUCCCGGUGAAAUUAUUCGUAUCGGGUCGUUCCUCGUGCGAAUAAGCGCUUCGGGCACUGAAAACAUUGCCACGUUGCUGCAAAACCUAAGCCAAGACAUCUACGUGAACCUCAUGACCGUCGCCUUCAACGUACUCUCCAAGUUACUACCAGAAGACAUCGCCAGAUUGAGACUAUUGAGUCCUGAUGAAGACUUGAUAGUACAAAUCGUAAACUUCGUCUUUAACUACAUGAAACAUGAAAGGCCUCUAGGAGAUCCGUGUAGGGACACUGAUAACGGGAUUGUUAUCAUACUGAAAGAGUUCUUCCAAGAAGGAAUCGUGCGUCAAGAUACUAUCCUCAUGUUGAGGGACAGGUUCGUCGCUUGGGUCGACGAAGAGUUAGACCGCAGGCGGCAGAUGUAUCCUAAUAAGAAACAAGUCUUUUGCAAUUCUUGUGAAGGAGUGAGAUUCGCUUAAAACAGACUAGACUUAACGACUUGACUUGACUUGACUUUUUAGAAGAGUAGAGGUCUCUACAUCUCAUGCACGCAUAGUAAAGGUGCUAUCACAAUUUAUAUUAACCAAUGCUUAUAUACAAACGUAUAUUUUAUACAGUCCAUAUUUAUUGCUAUUAGAAAUAAAUGCAGUAUUUUGUAUAAAACAGUUAUAUGCACACGACACAUAUCAGGGCGAGGCCAAUUUUAUUAUAUUCAUAUAAUUAUAUUACAAUAUUUACAAUGACCCUUAUACGAUUCCAAAGAAUGUUUAUAUAAUUACAUAUUUGUUAUACAUAUAAUAGUAUAUAUAUAUAUAUAUAUUAUCUAAAAUAUUUAAAAUAUACUUUGUGGAGUAAGCCAAAAGCGUAUGAACUGGCAGACGAGGCUAAAAUCAAGUUAUAGAUUUUUAAUGUCUACAAAUUACUACAGUCUGAUAGAGUACACUCGAAGACAAAGGUUUCAUUUUACAGUAGCUUUUUACAGUUUUCCAUUGUGAAUGUUAAUAUUUCAAAUUCUACAAUUUAAUUAAACUCGUGUUUUGCUGAAGAAUAUUUUUUUUAGGAAAAGUUGAUAUAUUUUCUUUAAUGUAUUUAUUGUAAACUUUUUUAUGAUUAUGUGUCGAAAACUAAAUCGUAGGUCGAAAAGUACUACUACAAAUCGGUUCUUGUAAUAAAAAUAUCAUUAUUAAUUAAGUAAUUGUCCUAUUACUAGAUCUUACAUGUAGAUGUAACACAAAGUACUAAAUAUUGUGCCUUUGGUAUAUUUUGUUCCUUAUUACAUCGGCUUUAUAUGUAUGUAUAUUAAGAAUAUAGUAGAAUCUUAUAAACUAUUGAAUACAAUAAAAAUCAGUUAUUCAAAA